UUCUCCUGAAGCAAAAAUAACAAAACUGGCCAAGCCCCAAGGUGUAUAAAUAUAAAUCUGCAAGGCUUUGGUUUUUAAAGGGAAGAAGGCAGGGGAAGCUAGCCGACUCAAUCCACCUUCGUUGCCCUCUCCUCCAUGGGAAGGUCUCCCUGCUGCGAUGAGAACGGCCUCAAGAAAGGACCUUGGACUCCUGAGGAAGAUCAUAAAUUAGUUCUUUAUAUCCAGAAGCACGGCCAUGGAAGCUGGAGAGCACUCCCCAAGCUUGCUGGAUUAAAUAGAUGUGGCAAGAGCUGCAGAUUAAGAUGGACAAACUAUUUAAGGCCAGACAUCAAGCGUGGCAAGUUCUCGCCUGAAGAGGAACAAAGCAUUCUUAAUCUUCACUCUAUUCUUGGAAACAAAUGGUCUGCCAUUGCUACACAUUUACCAGGAAGAACAGACAAUGAGAUAAAAAACUUUUGGAACACCCACUUGAAGAAAAAACUCAUACAAAUGGGAUUUGAUCCAAUGACACACCGCCCUCGAACUGACUUCUUCGCCGCCCUUCCUCAUCUCCUCGCCCUCGCCAAUCUUGUCGACCACCGCCCCUCUACCUGGCUCGUGGAUGGCCUAAGCGCUGAAGCAGCAAAGUUACAGUGCCUUCAAUAUAUCCUCCACUCUGCUACUCCACCUUCAGCCGAUAACUCCAUAAACAAUCUCCUGAACAGUACAGAUCAUCAGUCCUUCCCUUCUUCCUUUGAUUCCAUGAACAAUAAUCAACCACUCUUUAAUACCCACAGCACAGAGAUUGAUCAAGUUCCUUUAAGCUAUGAACAGCCUCUGAUGAGCAAUGAGAACUCCAGCUUUAGUUUGUUUACACAGGGAGAAAUCAGCACUCCAGUAUCAGUUCUGCCUCCUCUGACCGAUAUGUCCAAUCCAGGAGAUGCUUGUAGCACUUCAAGCUGUGGAGGAAGCGCAGCAGCUUCAUUCUGGCCUGAUCUCUUGCUUGAUGAUCCAUUCAUGGCUGAGUUUGUUUGAUAUUUACAUCUUUUCUGUUUUUUUUUUUGGGAAUUCUGAGGGUAUAGUGAGCUAAAAAAAGAUGAGGUGAGAUAAAAUAUCAUUGGAUAUGUAUUGGAACAAAUAAUCUAUUAACCCAAUACAAAUCUAAUGAUAUUUGAUCUUUCCCCGUUCUUCUUUUGCUUCCCGAAGGAAUUUUUUCUUCUUAUUUUCUUCAUGUGAUUACUUUGUUUGAAACUAUUUGCUACUACAGAGUUGUGUGCUGAACA